UUGUCCAGUGAUGGUUCUUGUUUUUACUUUAUGUCUUUGACAAAACAAGAUAUUUCUUUUCUCUUAGAACGAGACAAAACUAGAUAUUUCAAAGCAUGAACAGUAAACGCAUGGACGAAUGUUUGGUAUAUCUCUUCCUCUUUUGUUGAUUUUCACAAGAAGUCCAAAUUAGUUUGCUUCUUCCCUCUUCCUCAUCUGUGAAUGUGAGGCUCUCAAUAAGUCCGUCAAGUCACUAUACAAUAAUUGUAUUUAAGACAUCAGGGAUGAUGUCACCACGACAUCUACAUCUGCAUCUUCUCCGAAAUUCUCAAAACUUUUAUGUAUCCUGAAAAUAGUCGCAGUUACUCUACCUCUCUCUCUCUUUCUCUAGUAGAGAAAAUGGAAAUAUCAGUUGUAUCGGUAACAGUUUCAGUAGUUGUAGUUGUUGUGUCACUGUGGGUAUGGAGAACUUUACAGUGGGUUUGGUUUAAACCAAAGAUGAUUGAAGGUUACCUGAGAAGACAAGGUCUUGCCGGAACUCCUUACACGCCUCUUGUCGGUGAUUUAAAGCGGCAUUUCGCCAUGUUGGCUGAGGCAAAAUCCAAACCCUUCAAACUAACGGAUGAUACUACAACUCGUGUCGUGCCUUAUCCCUUGCAAAUGCUCAAGACUCACGGGAGAACUUUCUUUACAUGGCUUGGACACAUACCAACCAUCACCAUAAUGGAUCCUGAGCAAAUCAAGGAAGUUUUCAACAAAGCUUACGACUUCCAGAAGGCGCAUACGUUUCCUUUGGGCAGAUUAUUAGCGGCUGGACUAGUUAGUUAUGAUGGUGAUAAAUGGGCAAAACACCGAAGAAUCAUCAACCCAGCUUUCAACCUUGAGAAGAUCAAGAAUAUGGUACCUGCGUUCCACCAGAGCUGCAGCGAUAUUGUUGGCGAAUGGGACAAGUUAGUGUCGGAUAAAGGGUCUUCCUGUGAGGUAGACGUUUGGCCUGGGCUUGUGAGUAUGACUGCAGAUGUGAUCUCCCGUACUGCUUUUGGCAGUAGCUACAAAGAAGGACAGAGGAUAUUUGAGCUCCAAGCAGAACUAGCACAGCUCAUCAUUCAAGCUUUUCGGAAAGCUUUCAUCCCUGGAUACAGUUAUCUCCCUACAAAGGGUAAUAGAAGGAUGAGCGCAGCAGCUAGAGAAAUCAAAGUUAUACUGAGAGGGAUCAUUAACAAAAGGUUAAGGGGGAGAGAAGCUGGCGAAGCACCCACCGACGAUUUGCUGGGUAUACUUCUUGAAUCGAAUCUGGGGCAAACGAAAGGCAAUGGAAUGAGUACCGAUGAACUGAUGGAGGAGUGCAAGUUGUUCUAUUUCGCUGGGCAAGAGACUACAUCAGUACUUCUGGUUUGGACAAUGAUUCUGUUAAGCCAACACCAAGACUGGCAGGCUCAUGCACGAGACGAAGUGAAGAAAGUCUUUGGCGAUAAAGAACCUGAUGCAGAAGGGCUGAACCAGCUCAAAGUUAUGAAUAUGAUACUUUACGAGGUCCUCAGGCUAUAUCCUCCAGUAAUCCAGCUGACCCGAGCCAUUCAAAAAGAGAUGAAGCUAGGCGAGCUGACAAUCCCAAGCGGUGUUCAGAUCACUCUACCCAUUCUGCUAGUCCAACACGACACGGAGCUGUGGGGAAGCGAUGCAGGGGAAUUCAAGCCAGAUAGAUUCAAAGAUGGAGUGUCAAAGGCAACAAAAGGCCAAGUCUCCUUCUUUUCUUUUGCGUGGGGACCGAGGGUAUGCAUCGGCCAGAACUUUGCACUGCUUGAGGCAAAGAUGGCGAUGGCUUUGAUUCUACGGAAAUUCUCCUUUGAGCUUUCUCCUUCCUAUGUUCAUGCGCCUGACUCAGUCAUCACCAUUCACCCACAGUUCGGUGCUCCUCUUAUCUUGCACAAGCUCUAGCUAAUCCUAUGACACCUUCCCUUGUGUUGCUCUCAAAUAAACUUCCCCUACACGGAUGAUGCGAUUACACAUUAUACAAAACUCAAGAAUCUUUCUUUUAUGUACUGAAGCCAAAACUCAGACCCGAUUCUCACGAAACAAUCUCAGUUGUUCACCAGAUUUUUAGACAAGAGAUAAUCAAAUAAAACCUUUUGAGCA